AAUACAUUCAUUCUUGGAACUUUCAAAUCCCGUUCGGUCCACUUUACGAAUUCCUCCUGAAAUUCUCCUCAAAAUUCUUUAAGAAUGGAACAAAGCCUGCUUUUGGACAUGGACAAGACCAUGAAUGACCUGAACGGCAUCGUGGAUCGUCUUCAGCAAGUCAACCUCGUCCCGGAAGAAUCUGUCUCGUUGGAUAACGCCACCGAUUUGCAAGGUUCAUCCGCGAAUCCCGACCAACAGAAUUCGCAUGCGUACAAUGCCACAUUCGUGUUGAAAAAAUCCAACACCACUUACUCGGUAACUGAUUUGACGGACAUGGAGAACGCAGACUUUGCCAUGGAUCCAUCCGCCUUCGCCGAGCCCAAUUUUCCGCCAAACAUUUCGACUCUCUCCUUGGACGAAUCUCACCAUCACGUCAUCAACAGAAACGCACACCAGCAGGAGAGCUUGAGUGGUUACGAAACAAAAACCAGCGGCCACCUGCAGCAAAAAAAUCCCCAGAGCAACGUUCCUCAAGUGCUCCAUCAUCAGCUCACUGCCCGGGACAUGAACCUUACUUUCCCUCGACCUGUUCCCCCGAAACUCAGUAAUGUGCACGAUGCGCCCAUCAAGACAGUGCCAAGUGAAACUAGGUGUCCGCAGCCAUCUUCAAGUCUUGAUAACAAUUUGGAUCACGGGCAGAAAUCAGCUUUUGACCUGCUCAGAAACAACCUUGACACUGUCUUGGAUCACGAUGGCAAAGUGGUGCACCGUUCUGAAAGGAGUGCGGAUGUACCCCAUGGACAAGAAGCACCAGAAGGGGGUGUUGCUAUCAUCACUUACGAAACGGAAGGCAACGGGAUCACCGUGACCAAGAAGCGCACCGUUAAAAUGACAGAAGGCCAGACGAAAGGCAAGGCCGUCGAAACCGACAAAUGCACCUACACUGUGAUGGGGCCCGAGUCUAGCGUCGAUAACCUGACUAUAGAUCACAGCCAAGUUUUGAGUUUCGACAUCCCCAAAGAGUUAACUGCUGAUAAUUCGGCGGAAACAACGAGCAAGCACCUUAGUGAGGACGAGAAGAUGCUUGUGAUGAGAGAAGAGCUCAAGUACCUUCUGGACCCAAAGCAGUGGACCCUGGACGACGCCCCUGAACACAACCCGACCCUGAUGGGAGGAGCAGCAUCCACCUCAAUCGAGAAAAGCGAAUACAUUGUGCCGGAGUACUCGCCUGACGAAAGGGACGCUAUGAUGUGGCUGCAGAGCCGAAGGGACGAGUUUGGCCGAUUCGAAAGGGUGCUCAGGGACAUGGACUGAAUAAAGCAAAAUUCCAGAUAGAA